UCAGGCUAUUUCAACAAACACAUUCACACUCGGCUGUUGUGGUUUUUGGUGGCGUAAUAAUCGCCAUGUCGCAUCCAUGCACUCAGGAUUGUACGAUAAGCAUUGACUGCGACAAUACUCGUGACAGGUUUUCCAGUAAGCAUCCAGAACGAACAAUUCUAGUCUUAACUACUGCAACCACUGCAACAACGCUAAUCUGUCCAAAACGGCGACUUAAUGAAUAUUAAUCAGGAAAAUUCCAGCAACGGAUUCCAGCAGCGACAUCCAGCACAGCAAUACCCGCCAGCACAACACUACCCGCUCCCACUGCCGCCGACCCUGCAGCCAGCGUCUGUUGCUGCUGCUGCCGCCGCCAUCGCCACUGGACCACACUCGCUGCCGACCAGCGCACAACUGCAAGACCUCGAGCUUGAAUAUCUGAAGAAGGCGCACGCUCACGCCCAAGCGCAUGCGCAAGCACAGGCCGCCGCACUUGCAUACAGUUACGAGCGCCAUCAGCUGCAGCAGCAGCAGCACCAUCAUCACCACCAUCAACAACAACAACAACAACUACAGCAACAACAGCAGGAACUUGCGCGGCGCUCAAGUGGCGGCGAUCACGAUUUGUCCGGCAAACGGAAUUCGCUUCAUCAACAGCACAAUACAGCGACAACGAGCUCAGCAUCCAUGGUUAUGUCACCAAGCCGCCGUCCGUCACCGCCGAGGGCAGCAACUCUUCCCAUGAAUAUGCAUUUGAGUUCAUUGGCGCACGCGCAGAUGCAACUACAAUCGCAACUUCAUCAAAAGCUUUCGGCCGCGGCGUCGGCAUCGGGCAGCAACAGUUUGUCGCCGCCAAACCAUUUGGCCAAUUAUUUUCGCGGUCAGGCAUCGCCAGCUUGUGGCUUGCCACCGCCACCACCGCCGCCAACAUCGAACGCCAGUGCAAACAGUCAACAUCACCACUCAGCAUCUAACUCAUCGGCUGCCAGUGCGAGUAGUCCUGGCAGCAGUAUGCAGCAGUCAGCCAAUAGCGGUUCGCCUCAAAACCCGCACAACCCGCUUAGUCACCUGCAAAACAUGCAACCAUUCGACUUUCGCAAGAUCAGUUCUACGGCGUUUGGCGGCUUGCCACCGCUGCCACCAGCGCGCAUGAGUCCAAACGAGCUGGCGCAUCACCAGCACCUGCAACAACAGGCUGCUCAACAAGCAGCAAUGUUGGCACAAGCGCGUCGUCGCAUCAACGAGGCUUCCACUCCGUCGGAGAAAAAUGCGGCAGUCGCUGCGGCCGCGGCUGCUGCAGCUCAAAGCAACCAGUUCUUCAAUGCGAUGGCUAUGUCGGGGCACCCGUUACCCUUUCCUUUACCACCACCUCCGCCUCCACCGCCGACGCUCGGCCCAGGCGCUUCACCUACGGGCGUUCCAACAGCAUCCAGUUUACCUCCGGGCCUGACGAGUAAUCAAGUGGCGGCUAUAGCUGCAGCAGCUGCUGCUUCCGGAAAUCCAAUGCCUCAUAGUCUUCUCGCGUCUCAUUUUCCCACAAUUAAUCCCAACCUAAACCUGAGCAAGCAAGCUAUACGUUCGAAAUCCCCAGAUGCUGAGGAGGCAAAACUGUCUAAACAUCAGGGCGACAGCGGAAACAUGGGUCACAUACGUGAACGUGCAGGCACCUCGCACGCUCAGCAGCCGCCUACUCAUCGCAUCCACCAUCAUCAUCCUGUUUCGCCACCAACAUCCAUUGGCUCCGCCGCCAUAUCCAAUUCGUACCAAAGUCAACAUCAUGAAUCUCGUCAAUCGCGCUCAAGUCACAUCGAUCACUCGUCCUCUCAUUCCUCGCAACGACUUACGAGAUUUUCUUCCGGCGUUAGCUUACGUCCUGGACGAAAAUCGCACUCACCGGGCAAACGUCAAUGGGGCACUUUGCCUGCGAAUUUGGGCACUCAGUUCAUCAACCCGGUCACAGGAAAAAAGCGCGUGCAGUGCAAUGUCUGCUUAAAGACCUUCUGUGACAAAGGCGCGCUCAAGAUCCACUUUUCCGCGGUACAUUUGCGAGAGAUGCACAAGUGCACCGUAGACGGCUGUAGUAUGAUGUUCAGUUCUCGCCGAUCUCGAAACCGCCACAGUGCCAAUCCGAACCCGAAGCUGCAUUCUCCCCACCUCAGGCGCAAAAUAUCUCCCCACGAUGGGCGCACAGCUCAACCUCAUCCGUUGCUCUUACAACCACCGAACGGGCUGAUGGCCGGUCUCAAUCCAUUUGGCAGCUUUCCGCUGCUCACACCACCGCCCGAUAUGAGGCACCAUCAAAUGGCCAGCAUGCACGACAUGAAACACGGCUCAGCUGAAUUUAUGCACCGUUCAUACAUGGACAGCGCCAUGUUGGGACGCUUUGACACACGCUCUCGUCACCGACAAGGCAGUGAGGGCCAGUUGGACGAUGACGAAGAUGAUAGCAUAUUGGAUGGCGGCAUUCACAUAGGCGAUGACGACGACGACGACGAUGAUGACGAUGACGAGGGAGAGGGUAUUGUGGUGGUGGGUGACGAAGGUGAUAGUAUUUUGGAGAAAACCAACUCAGAGGACUACAACACCGAUGGCGGCGGGGACGACGCCUCCGAUGUAGAAGACAACAGUCACGAUAUGGAUCUCACCUCGCCUUUAACGACUGACUACAAGCAUACCAAAGAACCAUCUUCCAGUAAAGUACCGAGCGGUGACCGCGAUGCCGAAUCGGGCGUGGCUGAGCAGCACAGUAGCGAGAGCAACGACGACUCACUUAGUGUAACCGAUUCGUUCAGUAUGCGGGGCGACUUUGAGAGUUCUACCUUUCCGGGCGUGGGUAGUGGCGGUAGCAGCAGCGCUGCAAACACACCUGGUUCCACAUCGAAUAAACGCAAGCGAAAGAGUCAGAACCCAGUUCGAUGUACUGUGCAAUCGGAUGAAAACUCCUGUGAUAACUCCAACGAAUACGAUUUAGUCGCCGAUUUGUCGGUAAAAAAAUCAGUUCCAGAAACGUGUUUUGAGGACAACGAAACAAAGGGAGACGAUUCCCAAGACAAUGCAUCACUGGAUUUGACCAAAAGAACCCGAAAGUCUGAGAGCCCAGGUCCAACAGUGGUCAACUCAAACGCCACCGAGAGUACAAAAGUUCUUCCGUCACCACCGCUGACACCAUCUACGUCGACUAGCGAACCAACGGCAACGGCACGCCAACAUCUAUUUUCAAGCACUCAACUGAAGUCAGAGCCAAUAGACGUUGAAUAUGAACGACAGCAAAAUAUUCAGAAUGGAACUGACUCAAGCCAACCG